AUGGAACGAGAAAACAACACACAAGUUUCAGAAUUUCUUCUUCUGGGGUUUUCAGAGACACAAGAAUUUCAACCCUUCCUCUUUGGGCUGUUCCUGUCCAUGUAUCUGGCAACUGUCUUUGGGAACCUUCUCAUCAUCCUGGCCACCAUCACUGACUCCCACCUCCACACACCCAUGUAUUUCUUCCUCUCCAACCUGUCCUUUGCUGACAUGUGUUUUAUCUCCACCACUAUCCCAAAGAUGUUGGUGAAUAUUCAGACACAGAACAAAGUCAUUUCCUAUGCAGGCUGCAUCAGUCAAAUGUUCUUUUUCAUGCUCUUUGCAGCAUUGGAGGACUUCCUCCUGACUGUGAUGGCCUAUGACCGUUUUGUGGCCAUCUGUCACCCACUCCACUACAUGGUCACCAUGAACCCCCAGCAUUGUGUUCUGAUGGUUUUGGGGUCUUGGAUAAUGACUGCCUUGAAUUCCUCAUUGCAAAGCUCAAUGGUGUUGCAGCUCUCCUUUUGUGCACAUUUGGAAAUCUCCCACUUUUUCUGUGAACUUAAUCAGAUGGUCCACCUUGCCUGUUCAGACACUUUCAUCAAUGACAUAGUGAUUUAUUUUGCAACUGGGCUGCUGGGUGUCGGUCCACUUGCUGGGAUCCUUUUGUCUUACUCUAAGAUUGUUUCCUCCAUUUGUGCAAUCUCAUCAGCUCAGGGGAAGUAUAAAGCAUUUUCUACCUGUGUGUCUCACCUCUCAGUGGUCUCCUUAUUUUAUUGUACAAGUCUUUGGGUAUACUUUAGUUCUGCUGGUACAUACAACACAUAUUCAAAUGCACCAGCCUCAGUGAUAUAUGCUGUGGUCACCCCUAUGCUAAACCCUUUUAUCUACAGUCUUAAAAAUAAAGAUAUAAAAAGAGCUCUUAAAAUAUUCUUUAGAAAGAAUCUAUAA